GCCCCGCCCCGCCCCCGCCGGGCUGCUCACGUGACCGCCGCGCGCUCCCGCGGGGCGGGCUUCUCGGGGGCGGCGCCGUAGAGACGCAGUGCUAGACGGAGCCUGGCUCGCCGCAGCUUUUCUCCUGGACGCCUUGGGCUGAGGACACGAUGUCGGGCGCCUACCGCCGACUGCUCUGGGCCGCCACCUGCCUCGCCGCGCUCUGCGUGUCGGCCGCGCAGGAUACCAGCAGCAUAGGUCCCAACGUGACGGACACGCCGACCACGACCAGCAAAGGGGUCCCGACGACGCUCACGCCCACCAAGCCGCCAGAAACCUGUGGGAGCUUCAACAGCUGUGUUUCCUGUACUAAUGCCAUCAGUACUAAUAAUUUGACCUGUUUUUGGAUAGAGUGCCAUGAAGCAAAUCAGACCUAUUGUUCAAGUGAAUCAGUAAUGAAUUGUACCCAGAAGAACAACACUCACGACUGUUCUGCAGUAACUCCUUCUACCACUCCAGUGCCAACCAAUUCUACAGCUAAACCCACAACUCGACCUUCCUCUCCUACACCUACUCCCUCAGUUGUCACAUCAGCAGGUACAGCAAAUACCACUCUGACUCCAACCUCACAGCCUGAGCGGAAGUCUACCUUUGAUGCAGCCAGCUUCAUUGGAGGAAUCGUCCUUGUCUUGGGUGUGCAGGCUGUAAUAUUCUUUCUCUAUAAAUUCUGCAAAUCUAAAGAACGAAAUUACCAUACUCUGUAAACAGACCCAUUAAAUUAAUGUGGACUGCCAGUUAACUUGUGUAACUCACUGAAACCAAAAUAUUCAAGAAGUCCCACAUGGAAGACGCUGUUCCAGGAUCUUUACAUUUCCAAAGGAUGCAUACAGGAUAUUUUGGAGCAUCAUCCUUGAAGAAAAGUCAGUUAAACUAGUUUGCUCAACAGGAACAUUUAAAAUAUUCUGCAUGAAUCCGUGUGGCUGUCGUCUUUUGUUUAAAAUGGCUGCUGCUGAGGGACUGUGUUCUUUCCUCUGACAUGCCAAAUGUAACUUCCUGUGAGUUAUGGAAAGUGCUGUCCUGUGCAGGCAGCUUCUGACUGCAGUUUAAAUAUACCCCCUAGAAUCCUAAAGUCUGUUACUUUCAUCCUGACUCCAGAGUAACUUAGUGGCCAGACUUGAGAAGAGUGCCAAAUGACCACCCGUCAGGCAGAUUGAGGGCCAUCACUUUAAACAUAGAUUAAAUUUAUUUAGUACUAAACUAUCCCUAGAGUAAAAUUUUGUGCUUGAUAAGUUGUAUUUUAUAUAUUAGAAAUAAGAUGCCACAUGGCUUUCCAGAUUUAGAAUAAAGAAAGGAUAUGCAACAGGUCUUGUUCACACUCAUAAAGUGUACCGUAUUAAGAAAUCAGAACAGUGCCUUAAGACAGACCAAGACGGUGGCAGAACGGAAAAUGUGUUGACACUGUGGAAGGCAAAACUUGGUCUGAGAAUGUAACUGUCGGUGUGAGCAGCAGAAACCUGCUGCUGGAUGACAGACUGUUAAUACCUAAUUAAAACAUUGGUUUUUCCAGAGCUGAGAAACA